AAGACGUUAAUUUGACACCUCCAAAAUUAAAAACACCUCUCAAAUUCAAAAACCCACAACUUCCCACUCCUUAAUACAGUUAUAAUUAACCAUUAUUCAAUUUGCUUCGGAUUUUGCUUCGUUUCUCAAUAUUCCCCUUUACAACUCCCUCUCUCACACUACACUCUGGUAUCUUACUACAACUAUAAAGCAAUCUUAAACAGCUCUCAUCAAAUUUAUAUACUUAUUAAAAAGCUUAAAAAUGGCGGAUUAUCAUCAUUUUUGAGAGAGAUUUUGAGUUUUGUAUUUGUAGUAUUCUCAAAGCAAAAGAUUAUCAAUCAAUCAACCCUUUCCAAUCUCUAUCAUCUAACCGCUCAAGAUUUCGACUCUUCUUUAUUACCUACCUUUUUAUUCAUCUUUUUUCUUUCAAUCCCAGAUGAUUAUUUGUUAUAAUCAGACAUAACAUUGACAAAUUACAGAUUUCUGGAGAAUUAUUUGAUUUUUUUUCGAAUUUUUUUAGGAUUUUUUGGAGUUGGGUUGUUGUAAUUACUUGCCCAUUUUGUCUUUUUUUGGGUUGAUUUGUUAAGAUUUGAUUUGAUUUUGAUUUUUUCCCGAUUAAUGUUGGUGGGUGUUUGAUAUAUUUUUUGGGAUUUUUAUAAUUUUGUUUGUUUUUGGGAGAAUUAUUUUUUUUGGUGGGGUUUUAAUGGCGGCGAGUGAAGCUUUAUCGUUUAGUGUGGUUUCUGUUGUUGAGGAUGUUCUUCAACAACAUGGACAUCGACUCAAAGGUCUUGAUUUAGAAUCCAGAAGAGCUGAGGAAGCUGCAAUGAGAAGAUAUGAAGCAGCUAGUUGGCUUAGGAAAAAUGUGGGGGUUGUCGCCGCCAGAGACUUACCGGCGGAGCCAUCUGAAGAAGAGUUUAGGCUUGGUUUGAGAAGUGGAUUGAUCCUUUGCACUGUCCUUAAUAGGGUUCAACCUGGAGCUGUGCCAAAGGUGGUGGAGAGUCCUGCAGAUUCUGCUUCUCUUCCUGAUGGAGCAGCUUUAUCUGCUUAUCAGUACUUUGAAAAUGUUAGGAACUUUCUUGUAGCAGCAGAAAAUAUGGGACUUCCUACAUUCGAGGCAUCUGAUCUCGAACAAGGAGGGAUACCAGCAAGGGUGGUGAAUUCUGUUCUAGCUCUCAAAUCUUAUCAUGAAUGGAAGCAGGCCGGAGGAACUGGAGUCUGGAAAUUUAGUGGAAAUGUGAAACCCACCACCACUUCUGUGAAACAGUUUGUGCGUACAAAAUCGGAGCCUUUCACGAAUUCUUUGACUAGGAACCCAUCAAUGACCGAUAAAUCCUUGAAUGCCCUUUCUCAUGACAUUGACACUAACAAAUUGCCAAGUUCUCAGUCCCUGAGCUCACUUGUACAAGCACUUCUAAUGGAUAAGAAGCCUGAAGAAGUUCCACAGUUAGUUGAAUCAGUUCUUAGUAAGGUUGUGGAGGAAUUCGAGCAACGCAUGGGUUCGCAAAACAAUAUGGCUAAUCAACCAAGUCAAGCAACAGGAAAAGAAUUUUCUGCACCACAUGGGAAGAAGCCUUUUUCAAAGAUGUCUUCUGAAAAUUCUAAGGUAGGAGAUAGAAGCUACUCUUUGACCAAGAAGCAAGAGAGCUUAUGUGGUAAUCAAAUUAAUGAUGAACAAAUGAGAAGUCAAAUGGUGAAGCAAAAAGAGAUCUUUGAUCGUCAAGGAAGAGAUGUCCAGGAGCUGAAACUCACUCUUCGUACAACUAAAGCUGGCAUGCAGUUUAUACAAAAAAAAUUUCAAGAGGAUCUCCACAAUCUUGGCUCACACAUGUAUAGCCUAGCUCAAGCUGCCAAUGGAUAUCACAAGGUUCUCGAAGAAAACCGUAGGUUGUACAAUGAAGUACAAGAUCUCAAGGGGAGUAUUAGGGUUUAUUGUCGAGUGAGGCCCUUCUUAAGUGGGAAUUCAAGCUUUAUUAGUUCUAUUGAACACUUUGAGGAAGGGAAUAUUACCAUCAGAGCACCUUCUAAGCAUGGAAAAGGUCUCAAAUCAUUCAGCUUUAACAAAGUAUUUGGUCCAUCAGCGACACAGGCUGAAGUCUUCUCAGAUAUGGAGCCACUGAUUCGUUCUGUGCUUGAUGGUUACAAUGUUUGUAUAUUUGCAUAUGGCCAGACAGGUUCUGGGAAAACAUUUACUAUGUCUGGACCAAAAGACCUCACAGAGCAGAGUCAAGGUGUAAACUACAGGUCUUUGGGUGACUUGUUUUAUCUUGCAGAGCAGAGGAAAGAUACCUUUCGCUAUGAUGUUGCUGUCCAGAUGAUUGAGAUAUACAAUGAGCAAGUCAGAGAUCUUCUAGUCAGCGAUGGGCUUAAUAAAAGAUUAGAAAUUCGUAACAGUUCUCAGAAUGGACUCAACGUCCCGGAAGCAAGUCUUGUUCCAGUAUCAUCGACAUCUGAUGUCAUUCAUCUGAUGAAUAUUGGACAUCGCAACAGAGCAGUUGGUGCAACAGCACUCAAUGACCGUAGUAGUCGUUCUCACAGCUGUUUGACUGUUCAUGUUCAAGGGAGAGACUUGACAACUGGUAACAUACUGCGUGGCUGUAUGCAUCUGGUUGACUUGGCAGGUAGUGAAAGGGUAGACAAAUCGGAGGUGACUGGAGAUAGAUUAAAAGAGGCACAACACAUCAACAAAUCUUUAUCAGCUUUAGGAGAUGUGAUUGCUUCUCUAGCACAAAAGAACGCACAUGUCCCAUAUAGGAAUAGCAAAUUAACACAACUGCUCCAAGAUUCAUUAGGAGGGCAGGCCAAAACACUGAUGUUUGUUCAUAUAAGUCCUGAAGCUGAAGCUGUAGGAGAGACUCUAAGUACACUUAAAUUUGCAGAGAGAGUAGCCACUGUUGAACUUGGUGCUGCACGAGUAAAUAAAGACGGUGCAGAUGUGAAGGAGCUCAAGGAGCAGAUUGCCAGUCUUAAAGCAGCCUUGGCAAGGAAGGAUGCAGAAUCUGUUCGUUCUCACCAGUCAGGAUCCAGCAGCCCUGAAAGAUAUAGAGGGAAAGCUGAUGUUCCUUCUCCCCUUCGUUCCAAUCAAAAUGGCGGAAAUGCAUUGUUUGAUGUGAGUAGACAUCAGCAAUCUAUGGGAGAUAUAGCCAACUUCGAGGUCUGUAACAAGUCUGCGUCAAGACAAAAAAGACAAAGCUUUGAUCUCGACGAAAUGUUGAAAAACUCACCUCCAUGGCCCCCUGUAAAUAGUCCUGGGCAAAAGUAUGGAUAUGAUGAGAAGGACCUUGAUUCUGGUGAAUGGGUAGACAAGAUCAUGGUAAACAAACAAGAUUCACUUCCGAAAGUAGGGACUCGUUUAUGUUGGGAAACAGCAGAAAAUGGACCCAUGGCUGAUUCUUUCUACCCAAAAUAUUUCCCAGAAGACACCAGACUAUAUUCAGAACAAUCAUAUAGCAUGUUCAGCGGAAGUAAUCAGUUCGAAGUGACUAAUACAGAUGACUUGGACGAGCUUGAUGCUGCCACAAGCGACUCGUCUGAGCCAGAUUUGUUGUGGCAAUUCAAUCAUAGUAAACUCCCUACACUAUCCAAUGGUAGUAUUGGGUUAAAGUCCAAGAAACUUGAUGGCAGGCCUGCUAAGAGUCCAGAUUUGAGCAAGUCGAUGAUUCCUGCUCUAAGCCCCUCACCAUCAAAGAAGCUACCAAACGGAAGUCAACUACAAAAAAAUAGAAGGCAGCAACCAACAUCAGCAGAAGCAAAACGGAGAAUUGGAAAUAGAAAGCAGUAGAUAAUUUGAUUGUUUAUCCAAGGGUAACUUUUGCCCCUUAAUUUUUUUUUUCCCGAUCUUUUUUACUGGGGUGUUUUUUUUGUCCCUUCGUCGAAAUUUGGUGGUUGUUCAGUAUUUGAGGGUGAGAGAGAGAGAGAGAUAUGUGUGACAUACAAUAUAUUUUUUUGUUCUUUUGUAACGUUUGUUACUUAUACAGUUGAGCAAUAAUUCCAGUUGCUUGAAUUUGUAUACAAACUAAGAAGCUAAAAAGCAAAGGAGUUCCACUUGUGUUCAUAUUAUGCACCUUCAAA